UGGGACAGAUCUGUUCCCGCUCCGAGCCCGCAGCGCUCCGGCCUGACACCAUUCCCAGGGAGCUGGUGCCUCAGCCGGGCACCAUGACAGUGCUGUCCCCCAACCUGUCGUGCCCCCACCACUCCAUCGACGACUUCCGCAACAGCGUCUACUCCACGCUCUACUCCAUGAUCAGCAUCAUGGGCUUCGUGGGGAACGGCGUGGUGCUGUACGUGCUGAUCCGCACGUACCGGCAGAAAACGGCCUUCCAGGUCUACAUGCUCAACCUGGCCCUGUCCGACUUCCUGUGCGUGCUCACCCUGCCCCUGCGUGUCAUCUACUACGUGCACAAGGGACACUGGUUCUUCAGCGACUUCCUGUGCCGCCUCUCGUCCUACGCGCUCUACGUCAACCUCUACUGCAGCAUCUUCUUCAUGACGGCCAUGAGCUUCUUCCGCUGCAUCGCCAUCGUCUUCCCGGUCCGCAACAUCAGCCUGGUGUCGGAGAAGAAGGCGAAGUUUGUGUGCGUUGGCAUCUGGGUGUUCGUCACGCUGACGAGCGCGCCCUUCCUGCGCAACGGGACCUACCAGCACGGCAACAAGACCAAGUGCUUCGAGCCGCCAGAGAACUCCCAGAAGACAAACCUGGUGGUGAUCCUGGACCUCAUCGCCCUCUUCGUGGGCUUCAUCUUCCCCUUCGUCGUCAUCACCAUCUGCUACACCAUGAUCAUCCGCACCCUGCUGCGCAACUCCCUGCGGAAGAACGAGGCCAACCGCCGCAAGGCCGUGUGGAUGAUUGUCAUUGUCACCGCCACCUUCCUGGUGAGCUUCACGCCGUACCACGUCCUGCGCACGGUGCACCUGCACACGCUGCGCCUGCGCGGCCCCGGCUGCGGGGACACCGUGUUCCUGCAGAAAGCCGUCAUUGUCACCCUGCCCCUGGCAGCUGCCAACUGCUGCUUUGACCCCCUCCUCUACUUCUUCUCUGGGGGCAACUUCCGGCAGAGGCUCACCACGCUGAGGAAGGCGUCCUCCUCAAGCUUGUCACAAGCCCUCAGGAAAAAGAUCUCCCUGAAGGACAAGGAUGAGGAACCCUUUGGAGAAAGCCAGAGGAGGAAUGGAAGCGCAGCUGUGGCUCCUUUGUAGGGAGGUUAAACUUUCCCCCCAGAGCUCUGGUGGGGGUUGGAGAUCUCCAAACUCUUCCAGAAGAUGGGGUGGAGGCUUUCAAGUUGCAGUUAAAUAACUGUGGACAGUCCCUGGUAUGUGGUACUUGGUGGCAGAGCCACUGCUGGGGCUGGGCAGACCCUGGGACCCUCAGAGCCACGUGCGACAGAGCAGCCACCAUCGGCAGACUGAGGAGCUGCUGCUGAACUCGCAAACCUCUUCCAAGGCUGUAUUUGGGCAUUUGCUUCUUUCCACGACUUUCCAAGAGCAUUAAUUCCCCGAGACAGCGGGAAAUGUAAACAAAGCUUGCUGCGCGUGGGGAGCUCCUGUCAAACAGCAAGGGCAGAGUUUUCACUGGAUCUUCAAACAGCCUCCAAGUUAUUUAUACAGCAAGGCCAUGAUAAUUCCUGCCUUGCUCCCAGUGCCUCUGGAUUUCGGUUUCUAUGAUCAUUACGUGUCUUUCAGGCUCCCAGGGCUGUGCCUGGACUGCAAAUAGGGAUAGCCCCAUCUCCCACCCCCAUCAAGUAGCUCGAGAUGCUUUGGAGGGCAGCAGAUUUGCCAAUAUUUUCCCAGUUUCUAGAAAAGUCCAUGGGAUCAGUUGUAAAAUUUCAGUAUCCUACUGUCCAGGAUAAUUUAGGAAUAAGGAUAAGAGGGGAUCUUAUUUCAGUGGCACUGAUCCUGGAGUGAUAGCUGCAGGAUUCAGACUAUCACUCCAGUUUUUGGGGAUAUUUUAGGUAGAAGAGGAGUUCUGUGUGCUCAGAGUCAGAUUUGCCUUUCUCAACAAUUGGCCAAGGGUGAUAAAUCAAUAACAAAUAAAAAUAAAGCUCUCUAGGAUGUUUGAUCCUGUUCCGGAGUGUUUACCUCAUCUACACCUGGCAGCAAAGAGGCAACAUGAGGCCCUUAGAAAGAUCUUUAGGGAGAGCUGGAGUUUUAAAAUCUGCAUUUGGAUGAGAUGUAUUUCUUCUGUAAAGGAAAACUUCAAACUCUUGGACAGAGGGAAACAUUCCUGUACUUUUCCAGGGGAUCUGCAGGAAGAUAGCUCCAGCUUUGCUGGAGCAGAGCCCAGCCAGAGAUGUGCGACACAUCCCUACAGAAAUAAAAAUUCUUGUAGGAUUAAACCUCUCAGUUGGAGAAAGACUUGAUAAAUGAACAGCAAGUGUGUUUGGAUGUGGUAUUUAUGAAAUCACUCGAUGUUAUCUUGAAUAAAGAAAACAGUUUUAGUGGUGAAGAAUAACAGUGAGCAAAAGAAGUUUGGCUUGGACAGGCAUCUGCUGGAGAAAUUAUCUGUGCAGAUAAUUAGAGUGCGAAUUCUCUCUUUACACCACAGCCCUGGCUCAGCAAAAGGCACUUAAAAAAACAAAUUCACCUGCAGGACAAAUGAUGGAUGGGAAUUUCGAAGAAGAUCUAAAAUUCCUUUGUUGAAUUUGAAGGAUAAAGUAGUAGAGGGCUGAAAGCUGCUGCUGUAGAGGAGAGUUAGAUACCCCAUAAACUCACAGGAGGGCAGAGCCAAGAAUUCAAAGCCAGAACUGUAAAUUAUUCAGAGAAAAAAUAUGGAUGAAUUGGCUAAAACUCAUUUCCAAGGGUCAGCACUGAGUAUUCCACUUGUAUCUCCAGGCUUUAAAGGCAUUGUGAAGCUGUAAAUAAAAAUCCUCAUGGAUUUUUAUUCAGAAUAUGCAGGAAUAGCAUGCCCAUUCCCGCAGUUUAAAAUAUUGUAUGGUAAAGCUAAGUGUGUGUAUAUAUAUAUGUAUAUAUUGCAAAGCAUUUUUAUUGUAGCAGAGGUGUUUUUCAUCUUUUGCCUUUUUUAUUUGAAUGAGACAAUGUUAAUGGCAAAGGAGAUGGCAGCUUUUUUUCAUUUUUGUGCAAUAGGAAAGCCUGUUUUAAAAAACUUUACUGAAUGUCAAAUAAAAACAUUGCAAGUGAAAUUUUAAUUGCUGUUUUCCCUGGCUCAUUUGAAGUUCUCUGUUACAGAUUCUUCUUCCCUACAAUAAAACUUUAU